GACUUACUCGUCUCAGACGCGGCGCAGAGGGCUAGGCUGCAGGAAGUGCAGUUAGCUUGCAUUGAAACAGGAACUGUCACAGUGCGCAGCAACCAGGUUCUCAGGCAGAAAGGAGCAAGUGUGACGCACCUCCUUUAAGAUGUGGAAGGCAGCUGUAGGGCACAAUGUAGCUGUGAAGGUGGAGUCCCAAGGGGAUGACUGGGACACUGACCCUGAUUUUGUGAACGAUAUCUCAGAGAAGGACCAGAGAUGGGGAGCCAAAACCAUUGAGGGGUCUGGACGGGCGGAGCACAUCAACAUCCACCAGCUCCGGAGCAAGGUGUCUGAGGAACAUGAAGUCAUCAAACAGAAAGAACUGGCAUCUGGGCCCAAGGCCUCUUAUGGUUACGGGGGCAAAUUUGGAAAAGAGAAGGACCGAAUGGAUAAGAGUGCGCUGGGUCACGAGUACGUGGCUGAUGUUGAGAAGCAUUCGUCUCAGACAGAUGCAGCUAAAGGCUUUGGGGGGAAGUAUGGCGUCCAGAGGGACCGAGCUGACAAGUCGGCACUUGGGUUUGAGUACAAAGGUGAGGUGGAAAAGCACUCAUCCCAGAAAGAUUACUCCAAGGGGUUCGGUGGUCGCUAUGGGGUGGAGAAGGACAAGUUGGACAAGGCAGCCGUGGGGUUCGAGUACAAGGGUCAGACGGAAAAGCACGAGUCACAGAAAGACUAUGCUGUGGGCUUUGGUGGGAAGUUUGGAGUGCAGAAGGACCGUCAAGACAAAUGUGCCCUUGGCUGGGAGCAUCAGGAAGAGUUGAACCGUCAUGAGUCCCAGACAGACUAUGCCAAGGGCUUUGGUGGUCGGUAUGGUGUUCAGGAGGACAGAGUGGAUGAGAGCGCUGUUGGCUUUAGUGAGAUGGAGGCUCCAACUUCCUCAUAUGAAAAGACCAAACCUGUGGAGGCAGCAUCAAGUGGAGCCCGAAGCCUAAAGUCACGAUUCGAGGGCCUGGCCAAGUCAGCUGAUGAAGAGGCUAGGAAGCGGGUGGAAGAGGAACGAAUGAGGCGUCAGGCCCGGGAGCAGCGGGAGCGCCAGGCCGCCCGGGAGCAGCAGGAACCCCAGAAGAGUGAGGAAACGAGCCAUAAGGAGCCAGUUCCCACACCAGCUGUGGUACCCAGGAAGAUUUCCAAAGCACCAGCGGUGCUGCCUAACCGACAGGGACAGCAGAAAGAGCAGGAGCCGCAGGAUGAGGACCAGGCCCCUGCGCUGCCGCCCCGGCCCUCUGACCUGGGUGAAGAUGCCAGCGAGCUGCGUGAGGAGUCGCCUGGGGCGCAGGCCAUCUAUGCUGACAGUGUAGAGCUGCAGGGGGACUAUGAGGAGCUGCCAGAGCCCGCUAGCUAUGAGGAUGGUGCUGACGUGGGCGGAGACUAUGAGGAGCUGCCAGAGCCCUCGAGCAAGUACGACGAGGGUGAGGACGCAGGGGAGGACUAUGAGGAGAUCCCCCCGGAAAGCACGCCCAGCAGCAGCAGGAGCAUUCCCUGCCCUGGAGAGUCUGGUAAUGUGUACGAGGCGGAUGAAGCUGGGCUCUCUGCUGUGGCGCUCUAUGAUUACCAAGGAGAGGGUGACGAUGAAAUUUCCUUUGACCCCAAUGACACCAUCACCAACAUCGAGAUGGUGGACGAAGGCUGGUGGCGGGGGCACUGCCAUGGCAGAGCUGGCCUCUUUCCAGCUAAUUAUGUGAAGUUACUUCAGUGAGACCUGCCCUUGCCCGAACCCCUCUGCGCUGCUGCCUCUUACUGCUUCAGUGCUUCGUGUGUAGCUAGGGCUGGGCAGCCGCGAGCAGCUCAGCUCAAAUGCCUGCAUAAGAAAAAAACUAACCAGAAAUGACAAAUAGGAUCCCAGGGGUCAGGUUGGUGCAUGUGGGAGCGGGGGUGGGUAAAGAAAGGGGCAUGGGCCUUUCCCCUCUUGGGGUCCCGUUUCCUUUCCAGCCUGGCUGCCUCAGGGGAGUGGAGAAUGGGAGCCAGAGCAUUUCCCUUGCAGUUCUCAUCCACCCUUAGCAAUCACCAAAGUCUUCAGCAUGUGCUGGCCUCUCUUCCCUGGGAGAGGAGGGGCUUAGCCCAGCUCCUGGUGCACUUGUAUUUCUGUAACAGAAACCUCCCCAUGAAUGGCAGUCGUCCUAGAGGCCAAGAGCAAAAUGUCCUUGUGAUGCUCAGGCCAGGGUGAAGCACAGUGGCAGGCAGGAUGGGUGGGUUUCAGUUUUUGCUGCCUAGGGAUAAACAGGGUGAGAAACUGGGAACUUUUCACCUGCACCAAGCUCACCCAGUUCUUCUGUGUUGAAAGUGUGACCCUGGUUGCAACAUGCUGUUCCAUUAAAAGGGAGAUGCCUGUGCAGAGGCGGACAAUAAAGACUCAUGCUAAGGCCUUCUUGCCUUUUGCGCCUCAGUCCAAUGAAACCACUGUUUGUACUGUCUCUAGUGCUGGGGCCAAGCCUUUGAGAAGGCUAUUGGAGGGCUUAGAGAAGCAUGAUGCAAGGUCUUGGAAAUGCUUUUAGUGAGCCACUAAAUUACCUAAUUAAUGUGCCAAAAAAAGUUGAGAAGUAAGCUAGAAAAUCUGAGAAAUGAGAGAAGUUGAACAGAGCAGACACAGGCAGUUUCAAGUGAGUGUGAUUAACCAUUGGGACAUGAGCCCAGAGAUGUAGUAAAUUUUCCAUUAGUUGGAGUCAUUAAAUCAAGAAUAUAACAUAAGAAGGGCCACACUGGGUCAGACCAAAGAUCCAGAUACUCCAUUAGCCUGUCUUCUGAGAGUAGCCAAUGCCAGG